AAACGAUGAAAAUCAAUUAUUGAAUGAUAUUUGUUUCUGAACCAACCGAGCAACCGUUUGUAUCAAUAUUCUAAUUAUAAAAACUAAUUAUUGGAAUUUUGGAUUAGCACUAUCUGUGUCCUUGAUUAUAGCGGCCUUGUAGGUUAUUACUUUCACCGUUUCAUAUGUUCUGAUAAGGAUCAAACCAAUGUCCAACGGGAGCAUGCACACCGUUAAUGAUUCAACAUUAGUCCUUAAGCGGAGCGGUUAUCGGGGGCGACAUUUCUACCGUGCAGUCACGUUGUCCUGCGCUUUCUUUUGUCGUUGUUUGGUCUCGCCGUCCAUUGUCUUCCGUAAGACACUUUAUAUCCUGGCAUACAGGCAUACAGCCCAUCAGUCACACACCAGCAGGCGUCUGGAGAUCACCAGCUAAUUGUUAGUCGCAAAUUAUUAAGUGCCAGCCAAAAUGUGCAACAAACUCACCCUUUUGACCUUGACUUAUGUCGUCAUCUUCGUAUCUGUAGUGAACUGUGAUAAUGUGGAAGCUAAGGAUUUGUUAAGUGAAGAUGUGAGCGUCGGCCGUACGUUUGGUCACAACGCGCUGAAGCGUUUGUCCUUCAUCUUCUUACCAGUGAUGUUCACUCUGGGUGUGAUCUCCACGCUGCUUAUGGCAUUAGCGGUCAUCUCCGUGAAGAACCUGGCCAUCGGAGUCAUGCUGCUUAUCGUAGCUGUCAGUCAGGCUGUAUCGAGGCUCUUCUUUGCAGCUGCUUCUCCGUCGCCCCUAGUGCACUUACAUCCCCGAGCUGAGUUCCUCCCUGCGCCCGCUCUACCCGCGCCCUGGGCCGCCCCUGGACCCCUGCUAUCGCCGUGGGCGAGAUCAGACAACGAUGCCACAAUUUCUGACUAGAAAAAUCUCGAAUCUAGACCUUAUUUAGGCACGAACAACGGUGACUCACAAACGAAAACCCACCAAUUGAGAAAACGCUAUGGCUACCUCAACGACUGAACGACUUAGUUCAGCGAAUAAUACGCAUUUAUAUACAUUAAGAAAUUAUUUAUUUAAUCGUUUAUACGACACAUUAUUACAUUGAGUACUUAUGUAAUACAACUAACGAUGCGAUGUAUGAAACGGAUGUUCUUGCUGUUGAUGUAAUUUGUAUAAAAUUUUCGUCUGCCUCUCGCGAAAACUGUGAGAUUUUGUGAAAGAUAGACGAUCAAGUUAGCUUUAAGUAUUUAUUACAAAUAAAUAAUCGUAACAA